UUCAAUUGGAAAAGGAUAUCUAUUUAAAGUGUAUAUAAACCGAAACAUCAGCAAAAUCAAUUUCUAAUCCAAGCAUAAUUGAAUACUCCUUUGAGAUCAGAGGUGAAAUAACUCAUCCAGAAGUUCCUCAAUUUUCCUCUCUGCAAUUUCCUUCAACAAGCUGUCAUGGCACUUGAAUGCUUCACAUGGACUACAGAACUGUUGGGUUCACUACUUCAUACAAUAUGUAGAGUUGAUGAUGGUGAAACUUUUGAAUGUUUGCCCGAUUGUCUCAUCAUCGAUAUUCUGAGUAGGCUUCCCCCACAUUCUUUUCUUAGAUGUCGAUGGGUUUGUAGGCAUUGGAGAGCUUUGGUCUCAUCACAGGACUAUUUUACCACCUUACAUGAUGAUCUCUGUAGAGCUAGUAGACCCAUGCUUCUCAUACAGGAUCAUUUUGCCAAGCACGGACAGGAUCUUUAUGUUUUUGGUGAAAGCAAGAGGAAGCAGAAGAAGGCCGUCUUCGAGAAAUUUCAUCUUAGGCCUGAGCUUAUGAUUAAUAAUCCCCACGCACAUCACCUUAUUCUUCUAUACUCUUGUCAAGGAGUUCUUCUGUUUGGUGACUUAAGGUGGAAGUCAACUUAUUAUGUUUUCAACCCAAUAACACAAGAGGAAGUAACUGUACAACAUACACUCUACCCCGGCUACUUAUGCGCUCUGUACUUUUGUCCAUACACAAGACAAUUCAGAAUUCUUUACGCGCAAGUACGAGGCACUUCUUGUCAAUAUUUUAUAUAUACUUUCAAGACGCAGACGAGGAGGAAAAUCCGUUCGUCCUCCUCUUUCAACUUUUUGUCAUCCGGUGACAAUCCGGCAGUAGUUAAUGGAGCAUUGCAUUGGAUUAUGCACCACGAUUUAGAAAGGAAAAAUAUUCCUCCUUGUGAAAAUGGAAUAAUGGUUUUCAGAAUGGAUAAAGAAGAACUCUCUGCUAUGCCUCAUCCUGGAAGUUGUGUGUGCAAGUCAAAGCAAGUGCAUCGAACUAUGACUCUUUUGGUGAAGGAUGAUUGUUUGUCUUUCUGUAACUUGCUUGUCCCCGAGUAUGCUGUGGAUAUAUGGAUCUUGGAGGACUAUGAGACGAGGGCGUGGAUCAAAAGGAUAGGCAACAGUGAGAGCAUUGAUAAUAGCCAUUGGGAGAGCAGUAGCAACUGAAUCUUGUAUCAUCUUUUGAAGUGCCCUUGGACCCAAGGCAGAUGGUGGUGUGAUCACUGCUCGACUCAUAUAAGCUUCGGCUGCUUGAUAAACUUUGUCCUUGGUUUGGAGCGUGUUUGGGGAUCGAUUGCAAUCCAAAAUUAUAUGGCCAGGCUUCUUGCAAUAAAUACAUAUAUUUCUCUUCUUGCAAUGUGAUGCAAUAUGACCAUACUCUUUGCACUCAAAGCAUUGUGGUCAAGACUUUUGAAAUGAAUUCUGAGUGUAGAAUUUACCUUUGAUGCAUACAUAGCCGUGUCAACUGUGUAGGAUGAAUCCAUGGCUGCUUGAGUAUUCAUCUGGGUCUCCUCACGUACAAGUUCUCCGAAAACCACAUCAAUGUCCGGUAGAGUUUCUCUGUUAAGAAUGUUUGCUCUAAUAGGUUCAAAGUCAGGUCUCAAUUUCAUGAGAAAUUGAACAACCCGCGUCUUCUUCUUCUCCAGCAUAACUUCUUUGAGACCUGUGGAAGAAAGGUUU